UUACUCGACACAGUCUAGGCGCCUACGGGGAAUUUCAGCACAGUAUGAAGCAACGUCCCUUCAAUCUCGCAACUUCGCCAUCUACAACCUUGGGAUUUUCCAGGCACAGGUUCGACCUGUUAAUGCCGUAUAUCUUAUGAAAGACUUUUGAUAAGUAAGAGGAUGGCUGCCGUAGAACUGCAAUUGUUAUUACGAUUCCUUUCCCAGGAUGCAAAGGUACCGCUGGCGGUGGCAAUGAGCAAAGUGAAAGAGCUCCAGAAAGCCGGUCUCAGCAAUCCUGAUGAAAUUGGGCGAUCCGAACUACAGACACUCCAGACGAUCUUCAAAGAUGACAAAACAGCCAAGAAGGUGCUGAAUGCUGCGAAACGCAACUCCAAGAAACGCGCAGCGCCAAGUAGCUCAGACACUACACCAACCAAGAAGGCAAAGAAAGAUGAUCCUGACGCUGAGACAACACCUUUUCAGACUGAAUCUAACCUCUCUCUCCCGGACUCGUCGGCGACGGAGGAAGAGCUGUCAGAGACAGUAGUACUCACAAACAGAGCACCGCUUGUCCUUGCAUUUGCAGUGACUGUGCUCAAGUAUACAAUGCCUGAGCAGCCCAUCUCAAGCAGGCUGAGUCUCGCGCAAGCUGUGGUUAGUGCCAACAGUCGCAGCAAAGCCGUCAGUCUGGGCCUUGAGAGUGGGAACAGUGCAGAAGAAGAAGGUUGGGGAGAGGGGUUACCAGUGGUGAAAGUUUUGGGAAGAGCGAUUAGAGUAUUAAAGAGAUGGGACUAUAAUCCCAUGGAUGGAAAGCCGGAAGACGGAACUACUUCUGUCUCUGACAUCCGCCCAUGCCCCGGGGAUUCUCAAAACACCGCCCGGGAAGAUUCCGGGGAGAUGCCUCCUCUCUGGGGCGUGGACCUGGAAGCCAUACGAAAAUCCAAUGCUCAGGGUAAAAGAGUGGAUUCACAAAUACAUACGGCGGAUGCCGCACGAGCAUACCUCAUGAAGGCGUUUUCUUUGCAUAGGGAAUCCAACGGCGAAAGGAAGGAGUCCUUAAGCAAGAAGUCCAAUGCUUCCCUGGCCAAAGAGAGGGAAGAGUCUCUUGGCCUCGUCCUACGUGCCAUUGAUCUCCUAUGUGAGUCAUGGGCUUCAACCCUCAGCACCGAGGAAUUGGACAGACGUGCCUGGGCCUGGUACUUGCGCGUCAGGCCGGAUGUCCAAAGUGGCACAGCUGGCUGGGGGGAGAAAGGCCAGGUCAGGCUCUCUGAUAUACUAAGGUUGCGCAGGGAAGUACCGAGCACCUGAACAUUUCUGUUCAAGAGUCUACAUUGUGCUUGCAUCAGCUAUCUUUCCUGGGUUCUACUCCAGCUAUGCAUGCGAAACUAUCAGCGGGAUACCUGCUCUGUAUGCUCUACAGUCGAGGCCCCUUGUUUGUCUGCGAUGCUGGUGCCUCGUUCCAGCUCAAGCGGUUUCUCAGCUGGAUGGUGGACGUUCAGAUCGGUGUCCCGAUGGAGAUCCAUGCUCUCUUUAUUGAAGAAGUUCACAUAGAUGGGGAAGACCCAAGCCAAGAUAUAGCCCAUCAUGGGAAUAGCAAGGGCAACAUGAGCAUUACGGUUAGUCUGCAGGAUAAGAGCAAUCAGUAGAUGGCUUUGGCGGGCAGGGUUGAAUUAGGUCCUGUACUUACAACCACAGCUCCCAUCAUAGGAGGAAAGACAGUACCUCCAGAGAUUGCUGCCACGAGAAGCGAGCCUCCUCGUUUCGUGUGACGCCCAAGACCUCGCAGGGCCAAAG